AUGGGUGCUGCUGGUGAUAUCAGAGCUCGCCUCAGGGCCAAAUUCAUCCGGAGAAACUCGGCCGCCCCCUCGCUAGCAUCCACAAACGGCACCAACGGCGAUGCUCACAGCUCGCUCACGCGGCAAUCCUCGGCCGCUGGAACCGCUUCCAGCUCCCAACAUCUGCACCAGCCCCAUCACCAGCCCCAGUCUCAGUCUCAGCCGCACACUCCAUGUCCUGGCAGCCCUGAACCUGGCGCAGACCACCCGCUGCUGCAGAGAUUGAAGGCGGCAAUUACGCUUACCACUGCCCAUGAACCACAUGAUAAAGACGGCAAUGAGCAGCCGCCACCACAACCAUCGCCUUCGCAGCAACAAGAAACAGAUCACCUGCAUCAUGUCCAUCACCUCGGCCAGGACGAGAGCGUUCAUGCGCCUGAGAGCAGCACAUCUUUGGUGACGGAGGGUUCCGCUGACAGUACGGACGAGCAGCGGCCCAAAGACACUGGAGACAACUCGGGUAUGGGUGCCCACAAGCCACACACCAACGCUGACUCGGCCGCGCUGAUGUUACCUGCACCUGCUGCUGCCGCUGCCGCUGCCGCUUUUGACCAACGUUCAACUAGCGGCGACCUUGGACCGACAGGAAACGAUCUGCGCUCAUCAACGAACACUACCGUGACCACCGCUGCCAACACCAUCAAUCUCCCAAGCAUCAAUGAAAAUCAGGCCUUGCCUGCCACUGCCUUGUCGGAACCUCACGCUGUCGACGAACAUAAGCAAGACCAGAAGCCAUUUCCCCUACCGCCGCAAUCCCCACCCCCUCCAACUGUAGUCGUCGAGGCUGACCCUGCCCUUCACCACAACAUCGACCGUCUUGGCCCCCUCAGCUAUGCCAUCGGCACCCCGACGCCGCUUGUUGCCGCCGUCCUACCAACUUCACCAUCGUCGCCCAGGCCAGACGGGCCUCCUCGCCGCCAGAGCCUCCUGCCCCCUCGCCAGACUACUCUAAUCCGCACCUUGCUCGACGCCGCGCAGACGAACCACGAAGUCGAUCCCUCCGCAGUCGAAGCGCUGCUUCCUAUCAACGGAAACAUGGUCACCCGAAAGGUUUGGGUGAGGCGCCCUGGUGCCUCUCCUACUCUCAUUACCAUCAAUGAGGAUGAUUUGGUCGACGACGUGCGCGAUAUGAUUUUGAGAAAAUACGCCAACUCUCUGGGCAGACACUUCGACUCUCCCGACCUCACAUUGCGCAUCUGCCCACGCGAGCAGAGGCAGGACCGUCUACUAGGCCCCGAAGAACCCAUGGGCCGCACCCUCGAUGCGUAUUUUCCGGGCGGUCAAACGGUUGACGAGGCUCUGGUCAUCGAUAUACCCAGCAGACGUACCCCGAGACCUUCUCCUCGGGCCCCAACCCAUGCCACCGCUGUUUAUUAUGCCGAUGAAGGUAGGCCAUCUGAGGCUGGCGAGGGAUAUUUUCCUCCUAUUGCCGCCUUCAAGGACGCACUCGAACGCAUCGGAGCAAUCGGCUACAGCGCCGGUGGCACCGCCACUUCCAACACCACCUGCCCCAGAAGUGCAGCAGGUGCAGAGAGUGGCAACUCCUCCGCCAAGAACAGCGUCGCCUCGUCCGGCAAGUUCUCGGCCGAAGAAGACGAAGAAGAAUUUGGAUCAUCCAACUUUGCCAGCCGGCAUACUGAACGGCGGGCGUUCGUCAAGCGUCUGAAGGUGAGGUGGAAGACGGCCGUCAAUGGUCGGGACGCCGUCUCCAUGUGGAGAACUGGCGGGUUCCAUCUCGUCUUGAUGGAUAUUCAGCUUCCCAUAAUGAGUGGGUUGGAUGCUACCAGAGAAAUUCGGAGGCUAGAGCGAGUUAAUUCCAUUGGCGUGUUCUCCUCCUCUGCUUCCAGUGUACCGGAAUUGACGAAUGGAGAGCUGGAAGAGAAGGAUCGUUUGACGAACAUGGAGCUCUUCAAGAGCCCCGUCAUCAUCGUUGCCCUAACUGCCAGUUCUCUUCAAAGCGACAGACAUGAGGCGCUGGCUGCUGGUUGCAACGAUUUCCUUACCAAGCCAGUUAACUUUGUUUGGCUCGAGAGGAAAGUCAUGGAGUGGGGUUGCAUGCAAGCCUUGAUCGAUUUUGAUGGCUGGAGAAGGUGGAAAGACUUCUCUCAACAAAAUGACGACACUGAUGCGGCCAAGAAAUCUGCCAUCUUAAAAACGAAGGCGAAGAAGAAUCGGCUCUCGAUGACAUCAGUUCCAGCAUAA